AAGCAGAACACAGUACUGCCGCAAAGCCACGCCAAGCAAAACGCGAAACACUGUUUCGAUAGUGUCGCCUCUCUCAUUUCAUCGAACACUUGAAAGGCACACACACACAGCCAUAAUGGGAGGGAAGAAGAAGAAGUUCAUCGAUAAGAAGAACUCUGUUACCUUCCAACUCAUCGCUCGCGACUCCUCCGAUCCUUCCUUCUCCCUCUCCGACCGCGUCUUCGUCCGUGUCGACAACAACCCCGUUUCCUUCGCCGCCGUCGACGACGCCGUUUUCGACGAUGCCGAUAAUGACGACGACGAUGUCGGAAUUAGUGGCGGUCCCUUGCCGGAGGAGGUGAGGAGGGAGAUUCUGGAGAUGGGGUUUCCAGAUGAUGGUUAUAACUACUUGAGCCACUUGAGAGAAAUCAAGAAUACUGGCGCUGGUUCUUCUUUCUUUCACAACCCUAAGUUCAAGCUUCACCACCUUCCACGUGAUGUUAAGGCAUACGAUGCUUCGAGAUUGCAAAUUUUGGAGGCAGGGGGAGAGCCUGAGGAGAACACAAUAUACAGUGUUGCGUCCAAGACUACUACCAUAAGGGUUCAGAAAGCAGUUGAUCCUGAAGUCGAAGCGUUGCUUGAUGAUAGUGAUUUGUCACGGUUUGGCUCUGAUGUAGAAGAUUUGGAAGAAGAUUUUGUUGUCCAGGCCAACCUCCAUGAAGGUGAAGAUGAUGGGGAGAAGAAGGAUCUUAGGUCCAAUGGAAUGAAUUAUGCUGAGGAACCUGUGAUAAACAAUGCACAAGUACUGCAAGUUUCUGCUCAUUCCAGGGUUGCAGUUGAUGAUGGACCAUUGGAUGGGGAAACAAAUGGUGUAACAGGAGUGGACUCUGCUGUUGACAAGCCAAGAGCUCGUCGUUUGUUGGAUGAGCAAUUUGAUUUGCUUGAACGCCAAGAAUAUGGAAGUGACUAUGACUAUGAUGAUGGUGGUGAUUAUUAUGAAAAUUAUCAAGCUGAUGAAGAUGAGUCCCUUGCUGAGAAGCUCAAACUUUCUCUUAACAACCAUGUGAUGGAUGAUCUAGAGCUUGAUGAUGGCAAUUAUAAGGUUCCUGCAGAUUUAUUGAAGAAUAAAGAGGCCCCAAAUGAGGAGCAAGAGGACUCUGUGGCUGAUGUGAUUCGUCGUUGCAAGGAAUAUGCUGAGGGGUAUGAAGAUGAAGACAAGGACGUUGUACUGGUAGAAGAAAGUAGUGAUGAUUCAGAAGUUUGGGAUUGUGAGACUAUUGUUUCUACCUACUCAAAUUUAGAUAACCACCCUGGAAAGAUUGAAACACCUGGAAUAACUAGGAAAAAGAAGCUGGCUGAAACUGUGACUGCAGCCUUGAGUUCCUCAGGUCAAAUAAUAUCCCUUAGAGGAAAAGAGAAACUCCCUGUAGACUUCUUGCCUGGUGGUAGGAAGCCUGCCACUGAGAAGGUUAAAGGCCCAAACACUGCAAGUAGUGAACAGUACAAGAGAAAACAACAUGGGCUAGAGUCAAAAGAGGAGAAGAAAGAACGGAAGGCUGCUGUAAAGGAGGAACGACGUGAAGCUCGUCGCAUUAAAAAAGAAACAAAAGGGCUUUAUAGAUGUGAAGCACAUCGGGCACAGAGAGCUGCUGCUGUAUCCGGUCCUUCUUCCAUUCAUCUUAUGUAAGUUAACAGUUAAAAGUGCCAGCUUCUCACUUGUGUGUCUGCCAUCCCACUUCUGUAAAGCUUGCGAGUUGGAUGACAUCUUCAUACGUCAUCACGAAGUUUUGCUGCAGGAAUACUGAACUGGUUGUUGCGGGUCUUGUUGCCCAAGCAAUAGUGUUCAAAGUUUUGAUGUUAUUCUUAUAUACAUAAUGUUAAGCAAGAAUUUUCACUUUGUUUUUGCGGGUAGUUGUUGUUUUUGUUUUGUAGAAGAAAGUUGGGCAACUGUACUUUUGUAUUGCCUAAAUUGUACACGCUUCAUAUGCAAAUAGUUUUAAUCAUAUUUCGUUGAGUUGAGUUAUGUGGUUUACUGAUCAAAGGCUAACAAUUAUAUUUUAUGACUUGGGGCAAAUAUUGUGGUAUAUGUAGCCAACCUGUAAUUUAGUCAUGUAGAAGAUUUGGAAUUUUGGAGCUAAUUUGAACUUUUGAAGAGCCCACUUAUACUAUUCUGCCCAGCCAGAUUUCAUAUUUAUUGAAUGGAAUUCAAUG